AGCGGCGCAGCGUCGUCGCCGUCAGACGGUGUUUAACCUUUAUCGUCGAUCGUCGUCGCUCAUUCAGUCGUCCACGACCCACGUCCCGCUGCGCAGUUCGUCAGUGUCUCUCUGUCUCGCGCCACAGUCCAUCGCACUUCCAGUCAAACACAAAAUCAUUAUUAUUUUAUUAUAUCGUUAAUUAUUCACGGAAGGUAAUAAAUCGUCUGCCAACAUGACCGUCAUCACUAUGCCGACGGCCGAGAAGAAAUCGGACAACGUGCCGCUGGUCACCAACAUCGAGAUCGACCCAUCUGUACAGGAAAAAGACCUGGAAUCAGGAAAUGGUGCACAUAACCGCCCUGUCAGAUCAAAAUUUUUGGUGCUCAGAGUCAUUAAUGAUCGUGUUUAUUCUAUGUGGGCAUUAAUUUAUGUGUUGCUGAUGUCAUUAGUAAUUACAUUUAUGAUGCUCUAUGGGGAACAUAUUUAUAGAGCUAUUGGAAACGCUUUUAAUGACGAGAAUGAUGCUUUCUAUGGGACUGGCACUAUUUCUUUGAAUGAUAAGCUAUCUCUUCCUAUUCAAGAUAUAAACAAUGAUUAUGAAAUGAACCAAUUAAAAAAUGAUAUGGAAUUCAAGAAACUUGAGAAUUUUGCUUUGAACAUGGAGAAAAUGAACAACCAAAUGAUGAAUCCUGAAGAUGUUAUUUCUGAAUUUAAAGAAGAUUUUGAGCUCGAUCUUAGAGAAGAGAGUUAUGAAAAAAUUCUCCCCAUUUUACCACUUGCUUACUCUGCUCGUUUCAUUCAUGAUUUUAGUGUGAAUGUCACUGGUAUUGUAGAUAUUGAUGGAAAGCGUUGUUUCAUUAUGCCACUCAAUCGCAGUGCAGUAUUGCCACCAAAAUCCCUGUACGAUUUAUUAUUUAAAAUGUCAAGUGGUUAUUAUGCCGUUGACACCAGUAAUGUGAUGCACAAUAUGCGCGUGGUCAAACCAGCUGUUCAGGAUCUCACUCAAUAUGGCAUUUACAUUGCUAAGGAUUGUGCAGGUUUUUCAACCUAUAAACUAGAAAAAAUCGUUUCUGGAGUAUUCAAACGGAGUGUUUCGAGCCAGACGAAAAUUUUCUCGGCAUUUUCGGGACGGAUGGAUUCAUUCCACAUAGUCAACUAUCAAGACAUCGAUUCGCAGUAAAAUAAUAAUAUGAUCUCCCGUCUUUAUAUUUUAUAUAAUAAUAUAGGUAACACACAUACCUACACACAUACUUAUAAAUAUCAUACCUAUAUAAUCUAUUUAUGAUUUUGUUUAAGAUUUUAUUUUCAGUUUCAUAAUAUUACAAUACUCACUCAUUACACUUUUCUAGUAGGCACUUAGUGCUUUAUAUUUAAUAAUAUAUAGGUACCUACCUCCAUAAUUUUAGUAUCCAAUAAAUUCGUGUAGCCAGGUAUAGAUGAUAUACCAUAUUUUUGUAAAAUGCUAUAAUAAUAUAAUCUUGUAGAUUGCAAUCAUAUUAUAAUACUGUUAUAAGCUGUUAAAUGGUUUUAAAAUUUCGAUUAAGUUGUUCUCGCUUUUAUACAUCAAAUGUUUUUUUAUGUGUGUGUGUUUUUUAUGUUCGAAAGUUUUAUGUGGGCAUCUAUAUGUUGCCAAAAGUCCAUUAAAUUAUAUUGAAGCUCGAAUUAUACACAUCAAUGAUCAAAUAA